GACGGCCCUCGGUCCGUGGGCUGCGGACGCCCCAGCCCGAUGCUGCGCUGGCUGAUCGGAGGAGGCCGCGAGCCGCAGGGCCUGGCCGAGAAAGCUGCUUUGCAGACAAUAGGAGAGGACCAAGGUCAGAACCCCUACACUGAGCUGCUGGUGCUGAAGGCUCAUCGGGACAUUGUCCGCUUCCUGGUACAGCUAGAUGAUGACAGGUUUGCAUCUGCCGGCGAUGAUGGGAUUAUAGUUGUGUGGAAUGCCCAGACAGGAGAAAAACUUCUGGAACUCAGAGGACACACUCAGAAGAUAACGGCUGUCAUCGUGUUUCCUCCCCUAGAUUCUUGUGAGGCCGGCAGUCAGCUCCUCUUGACAGCCUCAGCUGACCGGACUGUCGGUGUUUGGGAUUGUGACACCGGCCAACAAAUCCAGAGAGUCACAUGCUUCCAGUCUACUGUAAAGUGCUUAGCUGUUCUUCAGAGACUGGAUGUUUGGCUCUCAGGUGGUAGUGACUUAGGUGUGUGGAACCGAAAAUUGGAUCUGCUGUGUAAGACCAGCCACCUUUCUGAUACAGGGAUCAGCGCUUUGGUUGAAAUCCCUGGAAACUGUGUCGCCGCAGCGGUCGGCAGAGAAUUGAUAAUUUUUAGGCUUGUAACACCCACAGAAGAAUUGCAGGAAUGGGAUAUUAUUGAAGUCAAGCGCCUUCUUGAUCACCAGGACAACAUUCUGUCAUUGGCUAACAUCAAUGAUACAAGUGUCGUCACUGGCUCCCAUGUUGGAGAGCUGAUCGUCUGGGACCCCCUGGACUGGACUGUGCAGGCCUGUGAGCGCACCUUCUGGAGCCCGACUCCACAGCUGGAUGCCCAGCAGGAAAUAAAGCUCUGUCAGAAGCAAAAUGACAUUUCUAUUAAUCACUUCACAUGCGACGAAGAGAAUAUAUUUGCUGCAGUUGGAAGGGGGUUAUAUGUGUAUAACCUACAAUUGAAGCGUGUGAUUGCCUGCCAGAAAACAGCACAUGAUUCCAACAUCCUACACAUCGAUAAACUUCCAAACAGGCAGUUAAUCUCGUGCUCAGAAGAUGGCGCUGUGCGCAUGUGGGAGGUCCGUGAAAAACAGCCACUGGCCGCGGAGCCUGUCCCAACAGGAUUUUUUAAUAUGUGGGGAUUUGGAAGAGUAAACAAACAGGCCAGCCAGCCUGUUAAGAAGCAGGAAGAAAACAUCACCACAUGUUCCCUGGAGCUCAUUGGAGAUCUGAUCGGACACUCAUCGUCCGUGGAGAUGUUUCUGUACUUUGAGGAUCAUGGGCUGGUGACAUGCUCUGCAGAUCAUCUCAUUAUUUUGUGGAAAAACGGAGAGCGAGAAUCUGGACUACGCAGCUUAAAGUUAUUUCAGAAGUUAGAAGAGAAUGGUGACUUAUACCCAGAGUCCACUUGAAGGAGCUGGACAAGUGUGCACACAAGAGCCCUGCACAUCCAGUACAGCUCGGUACUGUGAAAACCACCAACACAUCGAUCCUGUAGAUCCAUACUGUUUUCUUGCCUGUGAAGUUCUGUCUGUCGGCAGCAUGUGUCCACCCAAGAGCAUAGCACAACAUGGCCUUGCUGCUGUGCGACGGGUGGGUGCUGUGUUCUGUCUCUCAAAGCAGUAGAAAAAAAGAUAAAUGUAAAGUUGUCACACAUUAUUUACAAGUUUUAUUUGGGGCUCCUUUAGAGACUGUUUAAGACUUGCCAUGAGACAUAUAUCCUGUCUGCUACAAGUUCUCCUGCUCCUCAGAAGCUAUCGGUGUCCAAUAGAACCAAACUUGAAUAUUAGCAAAAAAACAAAAAUUCUAUUCUUUAAGUACAAUGAUUCUGUUUGGUACCAAUUUAAGUCAUUGAAGAAGAAAUAUUUAAUCGUGCCCACUAAAAUCCCUGUGUGCUCUGGUCUACAGGCAUCAUCUGAGCAACUCUUUCUCAGUAUGAACUGGCCUGAUCCCUUAUUGGCAGAAUAAUUUUCAAGUGUUCCUGGGAUGCGUCCUGGGUUAGGAAGGAGGCACAGCUUCUUUUCAAGUCAGGAACUGUAGCUGAAUUUCCCUGUCCUUCUGCUGUGCCUUUGCCCUAAAUGGCUGAGAGCAGCUUCACCGGUCGGCUCCCUGAACGUCCACUAAGGCUUGGCGAUCUCCCUCGCUCCUCCAGCCUUAUAACAGUACUCUCACUUUUGGCAUUGAGACGUAAACUGUAUUCCACACAGUACGAAUGGGGGGGGGGAUUAUUCUUGAACUGCUGAUUAAAGAAUCUUAUUAAAGACUGGCAA